CACCUGAUUGGACCGGGGAGAGAUGAUGUCAGACGACCGCAUGCGCCCCGGAUUGGAGAGAGCGGAGUAAACAAAGCCGCGAGGAGAAGGAGGAGGAGAGGUCUCCACAUCUCCAGACAGUCCGACCGACACAUCGAAUCUGACUUUACGCAUAGGAGAGGGCGGCCCCGUCGGCACGUACUCGUCUGCUUAAGGCUGAAAGUAACACUGACAGUCCACCUUUAAUGGGUCACGCGUUCAAAAAGACUGUUGGAAAAGCUAAAGGGAAAAUUACCACUGUCUUUUAAUCCAGACGCUGUGCAAUCUUCUCGUUAAAGUGAGAGCGAUUGUCUAACUCUGCGCGUAACUCCGCGAAAAGUUUUGAAGGAACCAUUCGUCCGUUUUCUGCGCGAUUAAUCCGGUCCGUUAGCUCAUAAAUUUAUGCGAAAUUCAGUGAAGUUAACUCAAAAAGACACACACCGGCUAUGCUACCCGUUCGUUUGGAGACAGCCUUAACCAGGCUGCAUAUUCAGAGCUUGGUCCGGUAAUUGGAAAUCAAACAGAGAGAAGGACAGAAUAAAUAAGCAAUUAAGACCUAAACACACUGUCGGGACGUUUAGAGUUGUGCUUGUGGGAACGUCUGCCUGUCCCGCUCAGGUGUCCCACCGAGCGGUGCGGAGUCUCCAGCUCAGGCCGGCAGCGCUGACAUGCUGCCCAAAGCCGAGACUGAAUCCCUGGGACUCUCUCGAUCGUAUGGAGAACAAGGGCACAUGCCAAGGAACAUGCAAGCUCCCCAUUUCAAAAUGAUGGACUACUCAUAUGACGAAGACUUGGACGAGAUGUGUCCCGUGUGCGGAGACAAGGUUUCAGGCUAUCACUACGGACUGCUGACCUGCGAGAGCUGCAAGGGCUUCUUCAAGCGCACCGUCCAGAACAACAAGCGCUACACUUGUAUCGAGAACCAGAGCUGCCAGAUUGACAAAACCCAGAGGAAGCGCUGCCCAUACUGUCGCUUCCAGAAGUGCCUCACCGUCGGCAUGAAGCUAGAAGCUGUGCGGGCAGACCGCAUGCGUGGCGGUCGUAACAAGUUUGGCCCGAUGUACAAACGCGACCGGGCCCUGAAGCAGCAGAAGAAGGCGCUGAUCCGCGCUAAUGGCCUGAAGAUCGAGGCCAUGACUCAGGUGAUGCAAGCCGUGCCCACCGACCUAACCAUCUCCUCAGCCAUCCAGAACAUCCACUCGGCAGCCUCCAAGGGCCUUCCACUGAGCCACCAUGCAGGCCACCACACCAGUCACCACCACCACCACCAUCACCAUCAUCACCCCACCGCACUGCCCCCCACAGACUACGACCGCAGCCCCUUUGUCACCUCCCCAGUAAGCAUGGCGAUGCCCCCACACGCUGGCAGCCUGCAGGGCUACCAGGCGGCCUACGGACACUUCCAAGGUACGCGCACCAUCAAAUCCGAGUACCCAGACCCAUACACCAGCUCGCCAGAGUCCAUCAUGGGCUACGCCUAUGUUGAUGCCUACCAGUCAGGCUCCCCGCCCAGCUUCCCUCACCUCAUCGUAGAGCUGCUUAAGUGUGAGCCAGACGAGCCGCAGGUGCAGGCCAAGAUCCUGGCCUACCUGCAGCAGGAGCAGGCCAGCCGAGGCAAACACGAGAAACUCAACACCUUCGGCCUCAUGUGCAAGAUGGCAGACCAGACACUCUUCUCCAUCGUGGAGUGGGCACGCAGCAGCAUCUUCUUCCGAGAGCUCAAGGUGGACGAUCAGAUGAAGCUGCUGCAGAACUGCUGGAGUGAACUCCUCAUUCUCGACCACGUCUUCCGGCAGGUGGUGCACGCCAAGGAGAGCUCCAUACUAUUGGUCACUGGCCAGCAGGUGGACUACGCAGUCAUUGCUUCACAGGCGGGAGCGACCCUAAACAACCUGUUGAGCCACGCCCAAGAGCUGGUUGUCAAGCUACGCUCCCUUCAGCUGGACCAACGAGAAUUCGUCUGUCUCAAGUUCCUGGUCCUGUUCAGCCUUGAUGUGAAGAACCUGGAGAACUUCCACCUGGUAGAAAGCGUCCAGGAGCAAGUCAACGCAGCACUGCUGGACUACGUCAUGUGCAACUACCCUCAGCAAACGGACAAGUUUGGCCAGCUGCUCCUCCGGCUGCCGGAGAUCCGAGCCAUCAGCUUGCAGGCCGAAGAAUACCUUUACUACAAACACCUGAACGGGGACGUGCCCUGCAACAACCUGCUCAUUGAAAUGCUACAUGCCAAGAGAGCUUAGGAGUUGGACUGCGCUACCCAUAAUGCAGCUGUGCAGACGUUCUGAGAGUCCUGCUGCAGCACAUAAACUCCAAAUAAUGCUUUCACCAAACUGAACCUCCAGCUAAGACUUGACUGUGUGAUGUGGACACACCAUAUUGAUCCCUUUAUGCUAAAAGAAAGGAAGGUCUAAAGAAGAGCAGCUUCUCCUAAACCACACAGACGAUACUGAAAGGAAAAAAAAAACACUUGAAAUAAACUGCAUUUGACACAGAGAGAUGGGAAGUAAUUGUCAGCACUUGCACAGACUAUCAAGCCUGGCAGGCUGCAACUUAAAGAAUUAAUAACCCUUGAGUGUUUUAGCGCUGGUGACACUGUGGGCGGCUUUUUGUGCUGAGAAAGGAAGGUGAGUAACAGUGCACAUCUUUCACACAGCUUUGUGACUAGAGCCGCGGCUUAUUUCGUCAACGAUCCUCCGGUGUGCUCCCUCACUGAAACCAGCUCUCAGCUGUAGUUGGUACUGUAAAGACAAAAAGGACAAGCAUUCAACCAGGCCAGAGACUCUGAUCUACCGUCACACUUUUUUUUAAAACCUGCAUAAGAUGCCGCCCCGGCAGCUUGACCUGAUUGAAAUGGGGAGAACUGAAGAUGAAAAAAAAAAGGUCUGAAAAGAAACUUUCUUUCAUGAACAAAAUAAAAAAAUAGGCCAAUAAGAAGAAAAAUAUGAUGUUUUUUUUUCCUCUCGUAAGGGAAGUCAUUUGCUUCUCAUGGUUACCUUGUGGAUACUCUUUCUUAUUCCAACUCCCUGAAUCAUCUUAAACUAUGUACCUCAGAAACACCAGUGUUAAAUAAAUUCAAUUCAUAAUGUCCGCUGAAACAGUUGUAUUUAUAGCCCCAAUUAUAGCCCCUUUUAUUUCAUCACAACUGGAACAAAACAAAGCUUGAUUCUGGAGACAGAGAAGGAUCGACCCUGCCUUUGUCCAGAAAGACCAAAGCCUGAACAGAAGAAGGAAAUUACAAAAACCUUAAUAAUCAGUAUUAUAACAAGAAAAAAAAAAGAUUUGUGAUGUCACAGUUAUGUGAGUCUUGCCUUAUUUCAUGACCAUGCUAGCUAACCAUGCAGAUGUGAAUGGAAAUAUGUACAAAUAUAUAUAUAAAGUAUCAAUGUUGUAAAAAUUUACAAAAGAGUAAUUCAACAGGUGUUUACAUUCAUGUGUUCGUAUGGGAGAGAACUGUGAUGAGGCAACAAUUGCAAAGCAAUGAUUUCCUAAAAAAUGAAAUCAAUGAAAUGAAAAAAAAAGAUCCCUCUGGUUUGCGUUCUUUGUUGGGUGUAAAGUGUUUUAUUUUCUAUUUGUUUUGAACAGUACUUAAAUUAUGUCGUGAGACACUAAAAUCAAAAAGGAAUCACACUUAAAAUAUUAAUUUCUAUCUAUGUCUGCUGGCAUUCAAACAAGUUUCUUAAGUAUUUCUGUAAAGGGUUCCGUUUCACUUUCAACCAUUUUUUUGUAGACGUUUUCUAUUUUAUUUCACAGUGCUUUAACCUUUUGGAUGUACAGUAUGUCACUGGUUACGCUAAAUGAUGAAGAUAAUUUAUUGCGUGUCUGGGUUUCCAUCUAUGUGUUACAUGACGCAAGGUGUCCGCGCCAAAAUAAAUUUGUCUACUGUAGCAUGUUCUUGUUUUGUUUUGGUUGAAAGAUGCAGGUCUGGAGCAAAAAAAAUAACAGACUCUCAAAAGAAAAAAAAUCUUCAUAAUUUGUUUUGUCUUCUAAAUGUUUAUACUUUCUGUAAAUGGAAUUGUUUUCAAGUGAGUAGCUGUGAAACGUGUCACCUCCGUUCCUCUUAUUGAAUUUCAACCUGCAUCAUUGUUCUGUUUGCUCUUGUACCAAAGACGGCAUCUUUCCCCUGUGAGCUGUGACUGAAGUAUUGUGUCCAACAUGAACAAAAGUGGCGUUUUCCCCCCAUAUAACAUGAAACCCUAAAUUAUUUUCAUGUGGAGUUUUUCACAUGUACUCUAGGUGUUGUUACUGCUUUCUAAAAUGUCCAAAUUCUUGCCUCUCACAACAAGCUGUUUUAAUGCAUUUACCAGUUGAACAUUUACUUAAUUUAGUCAUCGAACUAUCAAAAGUCUUUCAAUGGUGUGUUUAAUGUACAGAACAUUCACUUAAAUCAUGACAUCAAGCCGGUCCCGGUCCUGAGUUCAUUUUUCUUACACCCUCAUGAGCCGUGUCUAUUGAUCAGACAAUCUUUCAUCUGUUUCUAGAUCCUGCCUCGGGACUUCCUGUAACAUAAAUGUCAACUCUACACAACAUGCACAUGAAUGUGGUCAUUGCUAGAGUCCAUUUUUUUAACUUCAUGUUUGAGUUUUCAGUCAUUUUGCCAAAAGCUUAAUCUUCAAUGUAUAAUUCAACAUAACCUUAUAAGAUAGAUUAGUAUGCAGGAUAAAUGCUUUCAAAAGGACUUAAACAAUGACUACCUUUUUUCAAUCACAUGCUCAUACACAACUUGCUACACAAUGCAUCAGACAUAUUUCUCUGCCACUUGUCUAUCACUUUUGCUCCUCAUGCUGACAACCACACUGCCCCCAUCACUACCCUCGUCCUGCCUCUCUGAGGCUGAUUGAAAAUUUUCUUCAUAUUUCAAUAAAUAAUUAUUAUGCUUUUAA